GAUUCCCACUUCCAGCUUUCAACGCAGAGAGAGAGAGAGAGAGAGAGAGAGAGAGAGAGAAAUAUAAAUAGAAUAGAAAGAGAAAGAAAGAGGAAGGCAGAGGGUUCAUAAUAAGGGGAACCGAAAACUGGAAAAGAAAACGAAAAAGGCAAACCCUAGGAAAUUCUUAGCUUCCGAUUUUGAUUCAUUGAAGAUUUACAUUUCGAGAUCUUAAUUCUUCAGUAACCCAAAGGAACUGGUUGUUCUUGGCUAUGGCGAAUUCCAAGGGGUCAACUAACAUAAGAAAUUUGAUGUUUUCUGGCAAGCAUGCCUUACUUCCUCCUAAAAGUCCAUUUCCUACAGUGGCCUCAACAUAUAAUGAUAGUGCCCCCAACAAUGUAAUUGGAUCAAAAGCGAUUCAAAAACCUAGAGAAGGAAGUACAUACCACCAGCGCACUUCCUCUGAAAGCCUUCUGAUAGAGGAACAACCUUCUUGGCUUGAUGAUCUCCUUAAUGAGCCAGAGACUCCUGUGCGCAGAGGAGGUCAUCGACGCUCAUCAAGUGACUCUUUUGCAUAUAUUGAUGUAUCUAAUGGUCCUAGCCUAGAUUAUACAGCACAGGAUAAGUAUGGAUAUAAAAAGAUGAUUUCUGGACUUUCUUGGGCGUCUCAGGACUUUGAUCACCACAAUUGCAAAGAUGGUCGGCUUAACUCUUUCCAUGCUGAUGUGAACUUAGUAAAGCAAAAGCAUAGGGCAUGGGAUUCAUCUUUGAAUGUUGUGACUCAUCCAAGUGGGCUUCCUUCUCUUAGAGAGAACACAUUUGUUCAGAGUUUAGGAUCAUGUGCACCACAAGAACUAGAGCAAGCACAAUCAACAGCAAAUGGAAAACAAGAUUCAACUAAAUCUGCCCCUAUUGAUGCAAAAGCUUCUUCUGAGAAAAAAGAUAAUUCUCAUGCCAAGUCUUCUGCAUCUGACAGUGACACGAAAAGAGCCAAGCAGCAGUUUGCUCAACGCUCAAGAGUGCGUAAACUUCAGUACAUAGCUGAGCUGGAAAGGAAUGUACAAGCUUUGCAGGCUGAAGGAUCUGAAGUUUCAGCUGAGCUUGAAUUUCUCAACCAACAGAAUCUUAUUCUUAGCAUGGAGAACAAAGCUCUUACGCAACGUUUAGAGAGUUUAGCUCAAGAGCAGGCUAUCAAAUACCUUGAGCAGGAAGUAUUGGAGAGGGAGAUUGGUAGGCUACGAGUCUUGUACCAGCAGCAACAAAAUCAACAGCAACCGCAACAAAAGCAGCAAUCAUCUAGCCAUCGACGCUCUAGCAGUAGAGAUCUUGAUUCCCAAUUUGCAAACCUCUCUGUGAAGGAGAAAGAUACUAGUUCCAGCCAUGACACCGUCACCGGUCCACUCCGCAUUUAAACAUCUAAUUUAGCCAGAGCUUUUUGUGCUAAUACUUCAACCGGCGCUGCCAUGCUGACCAAAUUUGUUGUUUCCAUUUGUGCGGGAUAAAGCCAAGUUCAUCUGGUCUUGGUUCCCUCCCUCUGCCUGAUCUCCUCUUUAUUUUCCGUCAUAUCUUACCCUUAUUAUUUUCCUUUCAGCCAAUUAAAUCUUCUUGUGCACCUGGUAGUCAUUGCCGAAAAUUCAAUUUCUGGCACAUGAUUCACCUGAGGUGGUAAACAUGAAGAACAGGUUCCCCUUCCUGUCUGUUCAUCAGUGGUUAUUGUGGUUUUGAAAUUUUAUCUGCUCCAUUUUUCCUCCAUUUUGAGUAUCCACCCAGUGGAUCCCACCUUAUAGUGCAGAGAUCUUUAGGCUGUUUAGAUGCGCAUUAUAUAUAAAAUGCAGUGGCAGGAAAUUAUUUCUUGUAAAAUAUUUUAAAUCAAAUCUGUCAUAUUUCUGGGUUCUGUUGGUUAUAA